AUGCCGCUUUUAAAUUUUUUGAAAAAAAACAAACGAAAAUGUGUUAGAAAUUCUAGAACCUUUCCACCAGAAUUAAUUCGUCUGAUUGUUCUUAAUUUAAAGAAUGAUAAAAAAUCUCUUCAUUCUUGCUUAUUAGUUUCUCGAGAUUGGUGUAAAGAAACGGUAGAUUUAUUAUGGAGACAACCAUUUCAUUUCUUAUACACUUGCAAUAAAACAAACCCUUCAGGUUUUUCACGAUUUAAAAAUUCUAAAAAAUGUCACUGUUCAAAUGAGAAACGUCAAUAUCAAGUUACUAAUUUAUUGAUGACCUAUUUAUCAAUUAAACAUGAUAAGGAAUUCGUUGAAAAAGGAAUUAUUAAAGCGAAAAGUGAAAGAAUUACAUUUAAUUAUUUCGAAUUUUUAUUUGUAUUGGAGUUACAUGAAUUAUAUUGUGCAAUUAAAGAUUGGAAUAAAUGGAAUAAAUCCAAUUCAAAAUUCAGAAAAGACAAUUAUUCACUAACAUUUGAAAGUAUAAUGAGAUACUUUAUUACGAAUACACCAAAGUUAAAAAUACUUUCAUUUGAUACAAAAUUUAAGACUAAUAAGAAAAUCGAUAAUGAUCACAAUUAUUUUAGUAACCGGGAUAAUUACAUUCUUGAUUCAUUAAUUAAGGAAUCAAAAAUUCCUGAGAUUAUUCAUUUUUUUGACAAUUUAACUGAACUCGUACUUGCUAUAAGUGGAUGUGGAAUAUUCUCUUCUUUUUCACAAAUUUGUCGUAAUAUUCAAAAAUUAAUCAUUAGAAUUGAUUCCCCUUUCUAUGGAGUAGUACGGGUAGAAUCUUAUCAACUUGCUUCUCUAAUUAGAUCUCAACAUAAUUUAGUUCAUUUUGAAUUAUUUGGUACUCCAGAAAUGGGUAUAAAUAAAACUUUAGAGUCUUUAAAAGAAUCUCAACAUAAUUCAUUAAAAACUUUGAUUCUUAAUAAUUCACGGAUAGAUUAUAAUGCCACUAUUUUAUCUUAUCUAAAAUAUUUACAAAAUUUGCAAGAAUUAAGGUUUAAUAACUGUAUAUGUAAAAGAAAUAUAUAUUUUAGUAUUAAGAAAUAUAAAAAUGAUAUAUUUGAUGAUAGAAAAAAUUAUGAGGAAGGUUUAUGGUUACCUAAUCUUAAAUAUCUUCAAGUAGAUUAUAUUGAUGAAAAAGAAGAAGAAUUCAAUGAAUUAUCAUUCAUUAUAUCUUCAAUUUUAAUUAGAUGUUCUCCUUUAAUAUUUAAUAGUAAUAUUUAA